AUUACCAAGCCUUUUGCGCGCGCACGAUGCCAUGUGCUGCAUGCGGCGAGGAGCCCAGCGGAACUGAGUGGAGAUGGGAUCCUUUGAGGUGGGAGCUGGAUCCACCGUGUGCAGAGGCGGAGUGGAAGUAUCUGGGGGAUGCUGCUGGAGCGCCCGAAAUCAUGAGCAGCCAGCAGUGUAGCUACAACAACAAGGUCUGCCGUGGAUGCUACAACUCACGGCUGACCAUCAUGGGCAAAGUCCAGACAAGGAUAAGAGCCAAGGGAGGGUUGGAGGAGCUGCAGCCGUCAUUGAAGGUUCGCAAGGACUAUGAAGCAGCUCACGAGACGGUGUUGACGCGAAACCGCGCCGCCAAGAUCGAUGGACUGCAGAAGGCUGCCCAUUUGAAUGGACAAGUUGGCAGGUUACUGUCCAAGGAUGCUGAGACCGGACGCUGGACAGUGGAGUUUGUGGAUGGCGACAAAAAAUCGAUCUCCGAAGCAAACUUAUCUGCAUCGAAGGAUAUUGACAUGGAGUGGGAGAUUGCCCGCGCAAAGUUUGCAUCUAGCAAUCCAGCAGCAGCACAAGCUGAUGGGAAGCCAGUUGCAAGACCUUUGGGGUCGAGCACAACCUGGCCAAAAGUGAAGGGCAUUCAUCCAGGUGCUGUCGUUCGAUUGCAGAACCUUGGCAAGAUGAAGGAGCUGAAUGGGCGCAAGGGGAGGUGCAUCAACUUCGACAACGAGGCUGGCAGGUGGAAAGUUGACCUGGGUGAUGAGUACAAAUCGUUGAAGAUCGAGAACUUGGUCCCGGCCCCAAACGAGAAGCCACCGACCAGGCAGAGUGCGCAAGAAGAGAAGGCAGCCGCAUCAAGUGAGAUGGCAAGGCAAGAAGUGCUCAGUGCUCGAGAAAGACAUGCGGAAGAGUACGGCUGGGAAGGUUAGUCCAAGGAUGGCACCGGCAGGCAGGCAAAGAACUGCGACGAUUCUGCGUGCUCC